CACUCUCGGCCGGUUGCCGGAUCACGUCGGCCAGAACGGAGCGCGAGAUUUUAGUCCGCCCGUGAGCAUUGUGCAAGCCGGUGUGUGUACCGACGACGACGAAACGAUCUUCCACCGAUCAUCGACCGCGUGUUUGCUGCUCGCUGGGCGCGAAAGAGCGGUCGGGAAAGCCUACGGUGUGUGGUUUUUGUGUGGUUUGCGGGUUCUACUGUUCCCGAAAAAUCAACGGUAACUUGAUCGGUCGCGAAAUUGUUUGCAUUACGGUGGUUUAGUGCUUUUAGUUCGCAAUCAAACAGCCACCACCACCUUUCAUCUUGUGCGAAACGGAACCGGAAGCCGGAACGAGUGAAGCGAAUAGCCGGCUAAGAAAGGUGAAAAUUGUGCUUAGCAGUGAAGUUUUGUUGAUUGUGAUACUUGUUGCGAAAAAAAAGGUGCACAACAGUCGCAGAGCAUCGUGAUCGUCCAGGUCAGCCAGCUGCAACUAGCUUGAAGAGCCUCGCCUUCAGCACGAUUGCACUGCAACGUACCGUGUCUCUAAUUGAGUGCGAUCGACGUAUCGACGGACGAGCUCUGGAGAUAAUUGCGUGCUUGAUCUGUGUCCGUUUUUGCUACCACACACACAUUCUUUACCCCUGUUGCUGAUCUCGUAAUCCCACCCCACACACGCAAGUAUUUCCUGAAGGUACAAAGGAAAAAAAAGCGAAAGCAACAAAGACACCCCCCAGCAAAGGCAAAGGUAUUGUAAGUGCACGGUAGUGGUAAUCAUAAUAAUAGUGGUCACGCUAACGAUGGGUAGAAAAUUGGCGCACCAUCUGGUGCUUGUUGGCGCGCUGCUAGUGCUAGCUGUCGAAAGUUUCUCGCAGGCACUGCAAGAAGCCGAUGAUUAUACCGGUGGCAGCCAGCCUCACCAUCUGAGAAGUCAGCAGCAGAAUGCUCCGCACCAUCACAACCAACAUCACCACAGGCAUCGUACGGAGCAGGCCAGGAGCCGGAACCAGACGUCCUUAAACUAUUCGCUAGUAAGUGGGCCCGGGUACGGUAAUGGUGGUAGUACCGAUUAUCGGCCACCGUACCAGGGUACAGUGCAGCAGCACUGGGCACACGGUCAGCAGCACGGUGGAGGACAUCGGGAAACGCCACCACAGCAUCGGCGCCAUCACCGUGCCCAGUCUCAUCCUCAGCAGCAGCCGGGAGCGCAUGGUUGGCGCAGGACAUCUUCGAGUGGAACCGUACCUGGGGCACGUCCGGUCAAUCGGAUGCUGACACGAAGUGGUACUAGUUCCUUGGGAGCCUCACGCCACAAUAACAGUACCAGAAACAGAAACGUGUGCACCGUGUACAUCUAUCGGAAGUCGGUGGUAAAGACGUACCCCAAUGCACCCUGCACGGAUCCGGCCAACUGUUCUGGUCUGCGGACGUACCCGGUAGCGAAGCGGGAAACGUGUUGCCGUGGCUGGGACACAACGACCACCGUCGCCGAUGGGUGUUUUAAGCCGGUCUGUCAAACUCCGUGCCGGAAUGGUGGCCAAUGCACUGCGCCAGAUCGUUGUACCUGCCCGACGGGAUUUACCGGCAAGUACUGUGAGAUGGAUGUGAACGAGUGUAAGGAACAUAAGCCCUGUGAUCAGACGUGCUACAAUACCGAGGGCUCGUACUAUUGCACGUGCCGCGAAGGCUUUAUGCUGCAGAGCGAUCGCCAAAGUUGCAAAAAGAUCGAUGAAGCGAACGACCUCGCGACGGAAGCGCGAGAUAUGGAGAACGACCUGGACGUUGAUUACGACAGUCUGGACAUUCGGUUAAGGAAGCUGGAACAGAUGGUGGCAUCUCGAGACGAUCGGCAAGAGCUUAACAAGAAGGUCCAGUACACGAUGGAAGCUGUUUCGGUGCUAAAAUCGCAGGUGGCACGAUUGAGCCAACGAUUAUUUCCCUCGGUGGACUACGGCAAUCGGGUGCACUGACCUGCCAGCUGGACGGGCCGAAGGAGGUUAUAUAGGAGACCAGGGGGAUCACCUUCCCAAACAAUCGCUUCGAAUGCUGCCACCUCUACCUAAGUUAACCGUACCGAGUGUGCUAUGUUCAAUAGAAUGAAAGUCUUACAUUUAUUGUCCUUAAAAUGCUAUUGCCUGUGUGUGUGUAUGUAUGUACGCGUGCGUGUGUUUGAGCGAGUUGUGUGUGUGUGUGUGUUUCUUUUAUGUGUAAUGUUUUUGUCAAAGAAGGAAGAUUAAAAAUAGACUACUACCAAAACAAUCGAAC